CAGUGAUUUAWCAAGGGCAUGAAAAUACAUCUGUACAAKACUUUGACAGUGGAGAAUAAAGUGGAACGUUUGGUAAUACGAGCCAGAAUGGAUGACAAGGUGGAUGACAAAGAUGAGGACAGCUGCAGUACAUACCCAAGCCUGGUGCCUCCAGAAUGCAACAUUGGGUGGAGGACAGAACAGAGACUGCUAUGCCAUUGUGGACUGGUGUGCUGAUCGUAGCUGUACUGGGAGUGUCUCUCAUAGGCGUUGUUGUGGUUUUAUUCUACAGAAGACACGAACAGUACAAGGAGCAGCAGCCUCACUAUUUCUUCAGGAAAAGAGACAAAGUUAUGCUUUAUGGCAGAAAGAUCAUGAGAAAGGUGCAGACCUUGUCCUCUACCUCAACCCCUAUCUCUACCUCAGGGUCCCAGAAGCAGCGAAUCAGGAAGAGAACUAAAGUCCUGUCUAUAGCAUGAAAAUCCUACGCAUUAGCAAGGAGCCUCCCACCCUGGUGGCUAAGGAGCCCCCUCCCUUUCUGCUGGAGGCUGACCUCAGAGUUUGACGUGCAGAACUCCCACCUGCCCUCUGAGGGUCCUGGGCCACUUUGAGAAGCCUCUGUUCCUGGAGCUGUGUCGACACAUGGUGUUUGUGCAGCUCCAUGAGAUGGAGCCUCUUCCCUCCCGGGGACAUCGACGACAGCAUCUACGUGGUGAAAGAUGGCCGUCUGGAGCUCUGCAUACAUGAGAGUAUGUGGUUGUGAAGGAGGUGUUGCCAGGAGACGGUGUCCAUAGUCUGCUCAGUAUCCUGGAUGUCAUCACUGGUCACUCAGCCCCCUACAAGACUGGAUCUGCCAGAACUGCAGCCCCUUCUACCAUACUGCGUCUUCCAGCUGCUGCCUUCCAGUGUGUGUUUGAGAAAUACCCAGAGACUCUGGUCCGCGUUAUCCAGGAGAGCCAGGCAGUCCCCUUGGUGGCAGUGUGAUAGGUGAAGCCAACCCUGACAGGGGUCUACACAGACAGCACUCCCGGUCUGAAGAGGCUGGGCCUGAGAGAGGGGGUUCUCAUAGACCUAGGGCCUAGUGACACAGGAGAAGAAGAGGACCAUGGUGCAGCGUUAGAAUGGGGAGAGGAAGUGCUGUCUUUUAGAUAGCAGCCCCACCACUAAAGGAAAGAGGUCUCGCUCUCAGUCCACUCCUGUGGCAGUGUCAAGUGUCAUGUCUGCUGACCUCAACAUGACGUAUCAGCGAGCCAGAAUACGAGAAGCAGCAGCUAAAGCAGAGACACCACCAGAAAUGAUGUCAUAAUGUCAGGCAUGCACUCUCUUAUCUGCUUUAGCACAUUAGUGUCAAGAUCAAUUCAUUGUCAUAGUUGAUGAAAACACAAACACAUUUCACCUCUCCUCUAUAGUGUGCAUGAGUCCUGUCUGUCCAGUUGGCUGGGGCAGYAGGAGGACAUCCACCGCAUCGUUCUCUACCAAUCAGACGAUACCCUAACCCCCUGGACUCAGCGCUGCAUCCGUCAGGCCGACUGCAUCAUCAUUGUGGGACUAGGAGAGGCUGAGCCCACUGUGGGCGAGUUGGAGCGGAUGCUGGAGGGCAGUGCUGUGCGGGCACAGAAGCAGCUGAUUCUGCUGCACAGGGAGGAUGGUCCCCCGCCCUAGGGCACUGUUGACUGGCUCAACAUGAGGAGCUGGAUCUCCAAACACCUGCACCUCUCCUGUCCACACAGGGUCUUCUCCAAGAGGAGCCUGCCUAAACUGAGAGAGAUGUACGAGCGUGCUUUCCAGAAGCCUCCGGACCGCCACUCUGACUUCAGCCGUCUGGCCAGAGUACUGACAGGCAACACCAUCACCCUGGUGCUAGGGGGAGGGGGUACUAGGGGCUGCUCUCAAGUUGGCAUCCUGCGGGCGAUCAACGAGGCAGGAAUCCCUGUGGACAUGGUGGGUGGAACCUCCAUCGGCUCCCUGAUGGGGGCGCUGUACGCUGAGGAGAAGAGCAGCAGCCCUAUGAGGGUUCACGCUCGCGAGUGGGCCAUGAAUGUGUUCGACCUGACGUACCCUGUGACCUCCAUGUUCUCUGGGGCUUCCUUCAACAGCAUAAGCUCUGUCUUUAAGGACAAACAGAUUGAGGACCUGUGGAUCCCCUACUUCAAGGAUAUCACUGCUUCAUCCAUGAGGGUUCACACUGACGGUUCCCUGUGGAGGUAUGUGCGUGGCAGCAUGUCACUGUCUGGGUACAUGCCUCCCCUCUGUGACCCCAAAGAUGGACACUUACUCAUGGACAGUGGCUACAUCAAUAACCUACCUGCUGACGUAGCUCGCUCCAUGGGGGCCAAAGUAGUGAUUGCCAUCGACAUGGGCAGCCAGGACGAGACUAACCUCACCAACUACGGCGACUUGCUGUCUGGCUGGUGGCUGCUAUGGAAACGCUUCAAUCCCCUGUCAGAGAAAGUCCAGAUCCUGAACAUGGCUGAGAUCCAGACCAGGUUGGCCUAUGUCUGCUGCGUUCGUCAGCUGGAGUUGGUUAAAGACAGAGGUGGGCUACCAGCACGAUAAGACAAUGUUUGACAUGUGGAGUCGUAGUGGAGUUGUGGAUAAGAUGAUGAAAGACAGACAUCAAGAGGAAUUUCACAAGACCAAGAGCUGCAAUAGUUAUCAGACGAUUACCAGAUGGACUAUGAUGAUUACCAGACGGACUAUGAUGAGGAGGCCAGAGAAAGUGCUCUCUCUGACUUUGACAUGUCUAAUCCCAACAGUGGAGUGGAACACACAGAGGGGGAGGAGACUGCAGACACAGCUGACACAGAUGAAGAGAUUCAGAUCAGGGUCCGACAUCACCAAACCAAACGACCACCAAACCGCUCAGACAGUGUUGAUGAUGCAUAACAUCCAUCAUAUUCAUGAUGUACUGUUUCUCUGUCCGGUUGACAGUGGUCCUCAAUGCCAGUCUAGACAUUAUUAUUAUUAUGUUAGGAUGUUUAUCAUUUUUCAGCUGUUAUGUUAAGGUUAGGUUGUAUUAUGAUCAAGGUCAUAACAUUUACAUUUCAUUCAUAAUACUUUUGGUUACAUGAAACUAUAUGAAGAGAAGUUGUACAAUGCAAUGUUUUUUGCUGCCAUGUGUGUCUUUCACAUUCAUGGUGGUAACAGAACAGCUCCUUUCUGAUUCAUCGAUUGAUAGUGAUUGAUUGUAGCCAGUACCAAUAAUUUAUUAAUGGAGCUGGAAGCCUGACCUGGGGGCAACUAUGAUAAAGGAAAUAUUAAAUCUUAUUAGAUUGGGUUGCAAAACAAUCUUAUCAUUCUGCUAGUAUUAACAUUAUACAUGGUAUUGUUGUUUUACAGUGAAUGUAUUACUUUAAUUAUGUAGAAUAUGUAUUGUUAUUUACAUUGUUAGAAAGGACACUGUUGAGUGCCAUAUUAUCAGGGAUUUGUGUGUGAUACCUAACAGUAGUUGUAUUUUUUUUUCUCCUUCCCUUUCUUUAGAUUACUUUAGAUUACUAGAACGUUUUAGUCAGGGUUAUGUAACAUCUGUAGUACACUACUAAGAAUAAAAGGUGGAAAAUA